AUGUCUGCCUUUUUAUUAUUAGCAAAUCAUUCUAAUACUCAAUAUCAAUUAGAACAAUUGAAAAAAGAACAACGAAGAAAGAAGCGUCAUUCCUCAAGCUCAAGUUCAAGACGAAGUCAUAAAUCAAAUUCAUCUAGUGCAUCAACCAUAUCAUCAAGUACAUCUACAUCCUCAUCAUCGUCUUCAUCAAAGGAGAAUAGCAAAAGUGAAAUUCGAAGUCAAAGAUCAAAUUCUGUUACCACUAUAACUUCAUCAAAUGUUUCUCCCAAGACUAAUAAAUUAGUAUUUGAUAUAAAUACUUCAUCUUAUAUACCUGCCAAGUCUGUAUUAAGUGAGAUUAAUGAAAAUGUUAGUCAAACCAAUACCACAAAAAUUAAUAAUAAUGUCAAGAUAAAUAUUAAUGAAAUCCCCACCUAUAUUGAAACGUCAAGUAAAUAUAAUCAUUUAAAUCAUAAAUUAAAUCAAUUUAAAUAUAUUAAUGAAGAUCAUGAAGACCAUGAACGAUUAUUCACCCUUAAGAAUAUUCAAUUAUUAAGAUAUUCAUAUUUUGAACAAUUUAUAGUUGAUCAUACUUACAUUAAGAAUAAUGAACAUAAAUGUGAAUACAUGCAUAUAAUCAAUAAUGAUGACGAAGAAGAAGAGGAAGAGGAGAUAGUGGAACAGCAAGAAUUACUGUUUCAAGACGAUGUAUCAUAUAGUUUAAGUAAUUUGGUGAUUCAUGAAUAUGAAGAAGAUUUAUUUAAUAGUGAUGAAAAUCGUAAACAGAAAUAUUAUAAUCAUAAACCAUUACCAUCAUCACCUGCUAAAAGAAGAGAAGCCCAUGAAGAGAUUAUAAAUGUUAGUAAGAUAUUUAAAUCUAAUCAAUUUUGGAAUUCAGUUUAUCAAGAUAUUAAAUUUGAAAAUUAUGAAAUGUAUCAAAAUUUACCAUUAUUAAAUAAAUUACAAAGUUAUAUGAUUGAUUAUGUUGAAUAUUUCUUUUUAAAUUUAAAUCAAUUUGAUCAAACUAAUAAUGGAAGGGAUACUUUAUUUUAUUUUAAUGAUUUAAAUUAUCAAUAUUUUAAUUAUAUGAAUGAAGAAAUUUAUCAUGAUAUGUUUAAGGGAGAUAUUAAUCAAUUAACUCAAUUAAUCAUUAUAAUGGUUGAUAAUUUAAAGUUAAAGAUUUCAAAUUCAAGGAGAUUAGAUAAAUUAUAUAAUCUUUGGCAAAUCUUUUUAAAUUAUAGUUUAUUAGAAUUAACGAUAAAUCCAAGCGAUAAAAUUAGAAGUCAAAAUCAACAAUCAUCAUCUCAAGUUAAACAUCAAAGUGUGAUAUCGAAUAAUUCUUCAAUCAUUUCAAAAACAAGUAAAACUUCUUCAGUUAGUGAUAUAAGUGAAGAAGUCAUAGUUGAUGAAAUGAUAGUUAAUAAUAGUAAAAAAAAGUCUUCAACUACUGGUAGUAAGAAGAUUUCUUUAUUUAGUAAGUUUAGUCAUUAA